AUGAUGGCCGACGGCAGCUCUACAGAUUACGAAGCUCUCUAUCGAAGGGAGCAAGAAAGACGAAAGCACGCUGAACAGCAAACGAAAGAAGCUGAACAGCAAAGGAAAGAAGCUGAACAGCAAAGGAAAGAAGCUGAACAGCAAAGGAAAGAAGCUGAACAGCAAAGGAAAGAAGCUGAACAGCAAAGGAAAGAAGCCGAGGAACGAAGGCAGGAAGCUGAAGAACAUACCCGACCGCUCACAUUCUUGGAGUUAAUGCGCCAUGGUCACAACCUGCUCUCAAGACCGCUUAAUGUCAGAUCGCCGUCUCGAUCAACAACAGGGAAAAUACCCCCUCCAACCGGAAAGUACUGCCCGACGCGACUAGAACCAUGGAUAGAGUGCCCGAAUGAGCAGCAGGAAAUCUACAAUGCUGUAUGCAGAUAUCUCCAGCCAGCUAUGGAAGCUCCAGCACAGUUGCCUACGUCCUUGGAUUCCCUUGAAAAGGAUGCUCGGCGAUUUUGCCAUGACCCAAUGAACAGUGAGCGGAGUGUCGAGCUAUAUGAGCAAAUUGCAGUGGAAUGCUAUGUUCGUGAUAUAGUUACGGAGCUAUGCAAAAUCGAUGCCGCCCGAGACGAGUUCGGCCUUGGCGAUGGAGUCCAGUUCGACAAUCACACCAACUCUCUCAAUCCCAAUUCACACACAGAAGCGACUACACUUCAGCCGUCAAGUGUUCACCAUCCAAAGCCCGAUCACUUUUGUAUUCAUCGGGUUGAUGGGAACACUACUGCUCUUCUCACUACAGUCGAAUACAAACCACCUCACAAGCUUCCUACCGAAAUACUCCACAAAGGGCUUCGACCAAUGGACUUAUGGAGACAAAUGGUUAGAUCAAACAAAAUACCCCAGGAAGAGGCGAGGAAAUUGAAGUACAAUGCUGAAAAGCUUGUCUGCUCCGCUCUUGUCCAGGAGUACCAUGUGAUGAUCCAGGAAGGACUUGAGUAUUCCUGGUUAACAAACGGAAUUUCCCGUGUCCUUCUUCGCGUCCCUUACGACAAGCCUGGUACAUUGCAGUACUUUCUCUGUGACCCAAACAGAGAACUAAAGGGCGAAGUUCAACAGGAUAUUCAGGAGCCAAAGACCUCUAUUGCGCGGGUCCUUUGUCUGUGCUUGAUGGCAUUCCGUUCCCCUCUGCGUAGCCAAGAAUGGAGAAACAAUGUAUACUCAAACCCCUAUCUGUGGAAAACCAGCUUCGACCAUACUCGUUCUCAGAUUGCAAAACCAGAAUUGCAACAGCUCCAAUUACAUUCCGAUAGUACCACCUACACCAGCCCAGAGUCAACUAUGGAUCCAAGUGCAGAUUAUCAAGCGUCUUCAUCUCCAUCGGAAUCUCCAACACAAGGCCGCCGAGUUACAAGAUCCCAGGCUAGCUGUGCACCCUCAACUCCACGUCAUCGCUCGCAAUCACCAGACUCCUCAGGCUCCGAGCCGAACCAAGCCUCACGGAAAAGGGGCUUCAGCCAAAUUACAUCUUCGCCAUCUGUUCAACAACCCGCUCAUGCGCCUAAUACCAGAAGUGACCCGGGGAAUCAAUCCCGAUACCGCAAUUCACAAUUCUGUACCCAACGAUGUUUACUUGGGUUACAUAGCGGCGGUGAUUUAGAUGAGUCUUGUCCAAACGUGACUCUUCAUCGUCAAGACAAGGGCGACCGUACACAUCCUAUUACUUCAGAGGGAUUGCUGCUUUCUUUGAAAGCACAACUAGAUGAGAAUAUUGAUCGCUGUAUAUCCCUUGGAAGCUGCGGGGCAUGUGGUGCGCCAUUUAAACUAACUUGCGCCACAUACGGGUACACCGUCAUUGGAAAGGGAACCACAUCAUACCUGUGGAAAGAAGUUUCACGCGAAGUACAGGUCUACCGAAUCUUGCAGAAGGCUCAAGCAUCUGCUGUACCUGUCUUCCUUGGUACAAUCGACCUAGCGAAAAUUUAUUUCCUCCAUGGGGCCGGAGAUAUUCGCCAUAUGCUGGUGAUGGGCUGGGGAGGCGAGAGCAUAGCGACUAUGGAGCUGACGCCAUGCCUUCGCAAAGAGAUUCACAAAUCGGAUAAAGAAAUCAAAGCUUUAGGAAUCAUCCAUGAUGACCUUCGGGGUGAGAAUGUCCUCUGGAAUGAAGAGCUUAGCCGGGCGCUGAUCAUUGACUUUCAUCGCUGUACAUUAAAACUUCGACCAACUCAACCGAGACCAGUGAAAAGACACCUUGGGAUUUACUGUCAAGAGUCAAGCAAUAAACGUUUGCGUGUUUCGUGA